AUGUCAAACAAACGCCCCCGCGACGAACCGCACACCCACCCCUCCCGCCUUGCCCUCGUCCCCCCCGACUCCAACCAACAACGCCCCACCAAACGCCCGCGCAAAGAAAAACCCGCCCAUAUAAAAGGCGCCUCGUUCAAAAAAGCCCACACGGUCCACGACCUGAAAGCACGAAUCCGCAGUCUACGCCGAGGACUCGAACAUAACGAUGCGCUCCCCGCCACGAUCCGGGAGGAGAAGGAGCGGGCGCUGAGGAGUGCUGAGACGGAAUUGGGGGAGACGGAACGCAGGAAGAGAAGGAGCGAGGUUAUUGGACGGUGGCAUAAGGUGAGGUUUUUUGAGCGGCAGAGGGCGGGGAAGAGGGUGAAGUUUUUGAGGAAGAGGGUGCAGGAGGUAGCUGAGGCGGAGCGGGGUGGGGGAGGAGAGGCGAGGGGGGUGCUGGAGAGGUUGUUGGGGGAGGCGGAGGUGGAUGUUAUGUAUGCUGUUUAUUUUCCGUUGGAGAGGGAGUAUGUGCCGCUUUUUCCACGGAAGAAGAAGAUGGAUGGGGAUAGGGAUGAGACUGCGGGAGGUAGUCCGGAGGCUGAUGGCGAGGCGAAGGAAGGGUUUACAAGGCUAGGUGAUCGGGAGAUGUGGGAGCGUGUGCGACAAUGCGUGGUUGACGGUACACUUGAGGCUCUGCGCGAGGGCAAGCUGGAUCAGGCCGAAGACGUCGCGGAUUCACGGGUGGUGGAGAGGCUGGAGAUUCAGAAGAAGAAGAACAGGAAGGAUGGAGCGAAGGAUGCGGUGCCCAAGAAGACGAAAUCGCAACAGAAGGCCCUGGCGAAGGCGGAGUUGGUGGUGGGUAAUAGACGGGAACGGAGGAAAGCUGCGGCGGCGGCUGCACCGCUCGAGAGCGAUGAUGGUAGUGAUGCUGGGUUCUUUGACGAGGGGUGA